AUGCCAAGCUAUGGCUAUUAUACUUUUAAGAUCGGAGAAGAGUACUGGACGAUCAUCGACUGGAAUGGUGCCAUUACUGAUGGCCGAUCGGUUGACGACUUUUUGGAGAUCCCCGGACCAGAUGGAGGCACAACGCCAAACGGAUGGGUGGCUUAUUGGAUAACCCGAACAAAGUACCCGGAGAUCCACUACGAAGCGUUCGGCCAUGCAAUCAAAAGAGAUGAUGGACGGAUCUGCGGCUAUUUUGUUGGCAAGGAGGAAGAAGUUGUUGAGGUGUGCGCUGGCUUUCGAAUUCUCUCCCGUCAUCGAACUGAUCAAGCUGAUGCUAAAGUCUUUCAAUGGGUGUUGGCCGGGCAUGUGACGAAUCGGGAUGAGACAGUCGGAUUCGUUCUUCAUCGAAUCGCCAGCACUAGACAUGGGGAACAGAUCAUUUACGGUGAUGCGAUGCUGUUGGACCGGCGAUUCAAAGCCGUUCGACCAGCAGUGUUCGAGGAUUCGAUUAUAAAAAUCGGUGUACACGAGUUUCCCUCAAGGGUUUACCUUCUUGUCAAGCUCACUCCCGAAGUUGGACCGAUUCGAACCGGACUUUAUGAAGGUCACUACCACGAUCCACACACAGAUCAUAAAGCUCACGGACGACAUGGACACCCUUUGCCGCUUCACCGACCACGAGCUGUUGAGACUAGAUCAGCUAGCUGUCGCUUUGGAUAUCAUGGCAGAGACUGCUCGACGAGAUGUCCAGAAAAUUGUGACGCGUGUGAUCAAUCAACUGGCUAUUGUUUGCGUUGUAAAUAUGGAUGGUACGGUAGAGACUGCUCGGUGCGAUGCCCUGCCGACUGCGAAACAUGUGAUCAGGCUUCGGGACAGUGCAUCAACUUCCGAGCUCGUCCACCUCCAUCUCAACCUCAAUUUUCACCACUUCCAAAAGGCUGUCACCGAGUGGUCACCAAGGAUGGCCGAGAAUUUGUGAGCUGUUAUCCGUAUCACCGUUCUUCAAACAAUACUAACGAUAAUGACAGAGUGGAAGCAUCGGACAAACGCCUACAAGAUCCAAGAUCAAAUCCAGUUAACCGUAACUACGAUCCAAUUUUUGAUCCACGCUCUUCACUCUACGAUCCACGAUACAACCCAUUUGAUCCACAGUAUGAUGUUGAGAAAGACAGGGAAUGGCGGGCCGCCAACCAGGUAACUGAGGAUCAUUCGGAUCACGAUCACUCU